CCGCGUCAGUGGGUUUGGCGGUCAGGCUUCUCUCUCCGUCUCGCUUCCCCCUCUCUCUCGUUAUAAAUAAUCCCUUCAAAUGAAUUAGGGCAAUCUCCCUCCCUCUCCCUCGCUCUCUUUGCGAGAGAAAAAGAAGAAGAGAUUUUUCGUUUUUGCUCGGCAUCUCCACGAUGGCGACUGUCAGCCUUCCUACAACCUGCACAUUCCGGAGCAGAAGUGCUCUCCCCAGCAGAAGUGCUGCCCCGCUGAUCCACAUCCCUUCUUCUUUGGGCUCUGUGAAGCAUGUCUCCAAGGUGUUUGGCUUGAAGACAUCUUCCUGCUUCCGGGCAUCUGCAAUGGCAGUGUACAAGGUGAAGCUGAUCGGGCCAGAAGGCGAGGAGUGUGAAUUCGAGGCUCCGGACGACUGCUACAUUCUGGAUUCAGCCGAGCAUGCAGGCAUGGAGCUGCCCUACUCCUGCAGGGCCGGGGCUUGCUCCACGUGUGCGGGGAAGAUCGUGCAGGGGUCCGUCGACCAGUCGGACGGGUCCUUCCUCGAUGACAAGAUGAUGGAGGAGGGGUACAUCCUGACGUGCGUGUCGUAUCCCACAUCGGACUGCGUUAUUCACACGCACAAGGAAGGGGAACUCUACUGAAAAAUCUGUGGUUUGUUUGGAGAGGGAAACUGGGUUAUGGAUAUUUUGUUAUAGAAGAGUGUGUGGAGGAGACUCCUGGACUCUUUUUGUUCUUUCGUUUCUAUAGAUCUUGCUCAUUUUCUCA